CCGAUAUGCAACAAAAUGUCGUCUGCUAGAUUAAGAGUGUCACUAUAUAAAGUAGAUUUAGGUACUUUAUAUCAAAAAUUCCUAGAUGAAAAGGUUGAAGAUGAUAGCUUUAACUUUCUAACGGAUGAAGAUCUUAAAAGGCUUGGGGUCGAGACAAUAGGUGACCGCAUACGUCUGAGAGAAAGUAUGCGGCAUCUGGAUGUGCCAGAGUCAAACUUACAGCCUGACCAAGAACACCAAGAAAGGAGUUUAUCGACCAUAGUAAAUGAAAGAUCAAUGCUUUUUAGAAGAGAUGGAACUUCCUCAAGUAGAAACAGAAGUAGAAGCAAGCAAACAAAACAGAAAACAUGGACAGGAACGUUUGUGUGUCUCUCAAACAGAAAACAGUCAAAAAUACCAAAAGGAACAGAAAAAACGAUUCUUUUCCGAUGCGGUUUAGGUUUAAAACGGAUUACUGCCAAUCUUAACUUCACUGCUGAACAGUUGUUUAAUGCAAUAGAAGAUAUAUACCCAAAACUUAAAGGAUCAGGAGGCUUUGAAUUUCUUAGAUGCGGUCAAAACUGUAGAGAUCUUCAAGUCAUAGACUGCAAUUGGUGUCCAGUUGAACUAAGAAACAAUAUAGGGUCGCAGGCUAAAAUAUACUUGAGACCAGUUCAGAAAGACCUAGAAACUUCACCAUUGCACGAAGAGGUAGAAACCAUUCAAAAGGAGACAUGUACGUUCUGCAAACAAAACGUAAACCUUCGUGAGUUACGAGAUCAUAUCAAGUCAUGCAGGAUGUACCGAAAUUUUGAGUUGCCUGACAUUGACCCUCCUUCACCUCAACCGCUGAUUGAUAUAGAAGAGCCAGAAGACACCAAUCUUUCGGUAGGUGUUUCACUUGAUAUUGGGGCAAGAAACGAGGAGUCGCAGAUUGAAAUAGAUGAGCCAGAAGACGCUAUUCCUCCGUUAGGAGUUUCUCUUGGUGUUGGGACAAGAAACGAGGAGCCGCAUAUUUCAACUGAGACAGAAUCAUCAAGUUUCAAUACAGUUUCAACAGAGCAACCAUUUGCACAAAUAGUGGAAAAAAUAAUAAAGUUUUGCAAAACCAAUGCUAUUGUUGAUCCUGUAGAAAUACUAAGAAAAUAUCAAGAGGAAAUGGUCAUAGGGAGAGCCCUCGAGAUAGAGGAUGUAACCCAGUGUGCUGAAGGGGACACAAAUUUCAUUCUGAUAGACAGAUUUAGCCUUCUCCAGACUUCUAUUGAUGAAAUCGGAUCAAUCUCAGAUUUGAGAUUAACACUGGAGGUGCAGUUUUACAAUGAAGUGGCUUUAGAUUAUGGAGGCCCCAGAAAAGAAUUCUUCAGACUACUGAUGCUAGCAAUAAAGGAGAAGUAUUUCGACAAUGGGCUCAGAGAUUUAUUGGCAGAUCAAUACCUAUUUGUUGGGAAAAUAUUUGCAUUAAGUUCACUUCAAAAUGGAAAACUGCCAACUUUUCUUGAAUCUGCUGUUGUGGAUGAAUUGUUCAACAAUACUGACAGUAACUCAAUAUGUAUUACAAAUCUACGACAAGGAAUGGAUGCUUUAGGAUUUUAUACUAUUUGCAAGGCAUUACCGAGUCUAGUGUUUUUAUUUCAAAACAACACGCCUGCAUUAACCAUGAGAGGGAUUCUACAUGUGUUGAAAGCCCAGUUUAGUGAAGAAGGCAGUAAUGCCUAUUCUUUUGAAAAGCUGGUAUAUGGAGCCUUUGUGAGAUAUCUAAGAGAAGUUGGAAGUGGACGAAGAAGUGCUGUACUCCUGGAAAGUGUUCUACAGUUUGUCACUGGAGCGACCGAGGAGCCUGUUUUGGGUUUUAAAAUCCAUCCUUCUAUUACCUUCUAUGAAGUGGAGACAACAUUUUUACCAACAGCGAACACGUGUAUUAGUAGUUUGGGACUUCCUAGGCCAUCUUACAAUACUGGAUUACCAGAGGAUGCAGAAUUGUUCGAAACCUAUGACUACGCUUUUACAAGCACAUUUUAUGGCUUGAAGUAGGCAAAACACUUACUUGUUCUUCUGGUAUUGAAACAGUUUUAAUUUUAUAUCAUUAUUCAACCUGGAAGAAAUAAGAUUUACAAGUAUUGAUUAUAAUUGGUCUUUUGCUUAAUUUUAUGUUUCUAAAUACAGAGUAGUAUGCUUAUAAUUAUUGUAAUUUUGACAUAGUCCUUUCCAACCAGAUUAAAAGAGGUCUUAAAACACAGCUCUGGCAAUCCACCAUUUUAUUUUGUGCUCUUAAGACCUUUAAAUGGAU